AUGAAGGCCGCGCAUCCAGUGAACUUCCCCGGGGGACACUUCAUGUUCCCAAAAGGGCCUGCUGCCCGAGUAGGAAAACCGAAUGGUGAAAAGGAGGGAUAUGGAGCUAGCCUAAAUAACCAACGAAAAGGGGAGCAACCACAUGAGGGCGUAAAAAGCAGCAGGUAUGAAUAUUUAGAUGCUAGCCACUUGGAAAUGCUGGACCUGAACAAGAACAUUCAGCACAUCCUACCCAAGCCCGUGAAGCCAUCCUUAAAUUUGGAAAGCGUGUGCAAGGAGACGAGCGCCAUACUGAGGCAUAGUCGAAGGGCCAAGGGCGCCGAGCUGCACCCCCUCUCGCAGUAUCAGCAGCAUCAGCCGUAUCAGCCGUAUCAGCAGCACCAACAGCAGCAACCGUGGCAACCGCACCACUCGCAACAGCCGGGAGCGGAGCACAAAAACGUAAAACACCUGUAUGAACUGGGGCUGCCCCAAAUCAUAGGCACGUACAUUCAGCCACUAAGCAAAAACAACGACGGUGAAAAGGACCCUCUCGGAAAUAACCCCUUCCCCCUAGGAUCAACGUCCCCCUUUUUCCAGCUACCCAAGUUUUCGCCCAAACAGAUGCAGCAACCCACCAACAAGUUUUUGCCCCUACAGUUAAACAGUGAAAGAAAAAACUUAUAUGGACUGCCGUCUUACCUAAUCCCUGAGGAUAAGCCUAAAAGCCUGACAGUCACGGUUGUGCCUAAUAAGGACAAGGACCUUUUGGAGAGGGAGGCAAAGCAGAUGAAGUUGUUGCUAGACAGUUCGUCUCAAGGCAUUGUUAACUCUACCCCCGAUUAUCAAAAAAUUAUUUCCUCCUCUAUGCUGUCCAACAGUGAUGAUGGGAAUACCAGCGGGGGGAGCCGCUUCAACUGCGGAGAUAAUGCCAGCCUCAGGAAUGGGCACAACGACAUGGAGAGCGACUUCAGCUUUGGAAGGAACGAAGAUGUGAGAGACGAAUUUGCCGGUGAACAGGAAGCGGAAAAUAAUAACUACGACUGCUUCUUUAACGAGUUAUAUGAUGCCAAUAAUUUCACGCCUUACGGGGAAGCGAACGAAGGGGGGGUCAGCGACACGCGUGGUGAUCAGGAAGGCGGUCAUCAGGAAGGCGGUCAUCAGGAAGGCGGUCAUCAGGAAGGCGGUCAUCAUGAAGGCGGUCAUCAGGAAGGCGGUCAUCACGAAGGCGGUGAUCGCGAACACGGUUAUCACCUACCAUUAAGCGAGAAGCAUCUCCACAGGGGGACUAGAAAGGCGGUUUAUAAAGGAAGGAGCGUUAACAUUAAUAGCGCACUGGAGAGGAAGGAAGAAAAUGGACCAGGAGGACAUAGACAAAGCGAGCAGGGGGAAGAUAACCAUAACUCGCCUGAAGGGGUUGAAGGGGUCAAAAGACAGGUGAAGAAGGCUUCUCCAUCUCCUUCCAAGAGAACCCUGCUAGCUAAAAAAAAAGAACAGAGUGACACUCCCUUGAAGAACCUUGAACCAUCCACCUGCUUUAGAAAUCCCAAAACGUAUGUAAAUAUACGUUUGGGGAAGCCCAAAAAGUGUUAUGUCACCAACAGUUCUGACCCUAUCGAUAAAAAACUGAAGGACUGGCACAACACGCAUAACAGCCAAGUAGGCUGGAAGAAAAGCAGAAGAGGUGUUUACACCUUCGGGGGAACGGAAGUUGUUCUAAGUUUGGUCCACGACAAAAUUAUCGUUAAAAAGAUUAACGGUAAAUACGUGAAGGACAACCUGUUGAGUGUGGAAAAGUUCGUCUCACUGAAUGAGCUGUUUGAGCUCCACCGGGAGCAAACUGACAACCUGCUGAAGAGGAGGGCGGCCCAAACGUUCCUGUUUUGA